AGUUCCUCUUAACAGUUCUAAAAAACAGUUCGCAUGAUCUAUAACUAUCUUUCAAGGUUGACUCAUGACUCAUACGCGGAAGAAGUCGCGAGGGAACGCUAGUGAAUAAUAAAGUUCGUUAUACCCACUUUAUACCUAACUGAAAUGUCAUAAAAUUACAAAUGUCAAAAAUAUAAUAAGGCGAAGAAUAAAGCAAAAAAAUGUCACAGGUACCUUCAUUAAUUUUUAGGUAAGUAUACUCUUUGGACUUUACUGUCAGUGUCAUUAGCAGUAGUUAUAUUGGCAACAACUUUUUCAACAUUCAUGUAAAGUUUUUUAUUUUGCUAAUGUUUACACAACGUAAUUUAUUGCAACAGAACACUGGAACUACCAUAAGCGUAGGUUAUUAUAGAGCCACGUACUACCGAGCCGAAUCGUAUUAAUAAUAUUGCACAUAAAUAUUCGCAUAAAGUAAAGUGAAACUACUGUGCAAAUAAUAAACUACUGAAGUAGUCGCUACCGCAGGUUAAUUUUUCAAUAACGAUCAGUAAGUAUGUAGAUACUUUGCACACGACAUUCAUUAAAAAUUUGAACGCGAAAUAUUCUGUAUAAUAUAAUCGUCGAACUGAGUCGGUACCUGCCUACGUGCUGCAAUUUACAUAUUCAAGCCUCAUUAUCUUUCUAUUUACUUGCGGAGGAAGGCCACAGGAUGUCUUACUGCAACAGUCUGAAGCAUUUGUUGCGUGAAACUAGUUUCCGGCACAAGGGGCUCCCGUGGAACAGCCUGGUGAGCCCGGGCAGGCGUACACAUACUAAUGGGCCGGCCGCGGCCGCCGAGCCCGCCGCCGAGCCCGCGCUGGCGCCGCUGGUGGACCUGCACGGCCGCCGGCACGACUACCUGCGCAUCUCGCUCACUGAGCGCUGCAAUUUGCGAUGCCAGUACUGCAUGCCGGCCGCGGGCGUGCCGCUGAGCGCGCGCUCCGCGCUGCUGUCGCGCGGCGAGCUGCUGCGGCUGGCGCGCGUGUUCGCGGCGCUGGGCGUGCGCAAGGUGCGGCUCACGGGCGGCGAGCCCACGCUGCGCGCCGACCUGCCCGACGUCGUGCAGGGCCUGAGCGAGCUGAGCGGAGUGCGCACGGUGGCCAUGACCAGCAACGGCAUCGCGCUGGCGCGCCGCCUGCCCGCGCUGCAGCGCGCCGGCCUGUCCGCGCUCAACCUGUCGCUCGACACGCUGCGCGCCGACCGCUUCGAGCGCAUGGCGCGCCGCCCGGGGCUGCCGCACGUGCUGGCCAGCCUGGACCUGGCGCUGCAGCUCGGCUUGGCCUCCGUCAAGGUCAACACGGUGCUCAUGAAAGGUUUCAACGACGACGAAAUCUGUGACUUCGUUGAACUCACGAAAGAUCGGGCAAUCGACGUGAGGUUCAUCGAGUUCAUGCCGUUCGCGGGCAACGCGUGGGCCGACUCGCGCAUGGUGCCGGAGCGCGCCGCGCUGGAGGCCGUGCGGCGCCGCCACCCCGCGCUGCGGCCCGCCGCGCCGGCGCCGUGCCUCACCGCCACGAUGUGGCAGGCGCCGGGCUACCGCGGCCGCGUGGGCUUCAUCUCGUCCAUGAGCAAGCCCUUCUGCGGCGCGUGCAGCCGCCUGCGCCUCACGGCCGACGGGAGCCUCAAGGUGUGCCUGUUCGGCGCGGCGGAGAGCAGCCUGCGCGACGCGCUGCGCGGCGGCGCCACGCCGGCGCAGCUGGGCGAGCUGGUGCGCGCCGCGCUGCGCCGCAAGCACAGCCAGCACGCCGGUCAUACAGUUUUAAUAAUUGACGACUCGAUCACGUUGGUUUUCAUUCUAUUUGAAAGUGUCGACGCUUUUGUAGGCAUGCAGAAUCUCGCCCGCUUGAAGAACCGGCCGAUGAUUCUGAUCGGCGGCUAGGCGCCUCCUCUAGACGUUGACGUUCACAGCGCCGGCGCGGCGCGGCGCGGCGCGGCCGCUGCGCGCGUUCGCGCGGGGCCUCACGCGCCCGACGCGCCGGACGCGCUCACGCACGUGGACGCGGAGGGGCAGGCGCGCAUGGUGGACGUGGGCCACAAUCCGGAGACGGCGCGCUCGGCCGAGGCGGAGUGCUGGCUGGUGCUGUCGGCGCGCGCGCUGCGGCUGCUGCGCGGCGCGCGGCUGCCCAAGGGCGACGCGCUGACCGUGGCGCAGCUGGCGGGCGUGCUGGGCGCCAAGCGCGCCGCCGAGCUGCUGCCGCUGUGCCACCCGCUGCCGCUGACGCACGCGCGCGUGCGCGUGCAGCUGCCGGCGGGCGCGGCGGGGCGCGUGCGGCUGCGCUGCGCGGUGGGCGCGGUGGCGCGCACGGGCGUGGAGAUGGAGGCGCUGGCGGGCUGCGCGCUGGCGGCGCUGGCGCUGUACGACAUGUGCAAGGCGGUGGACAAGCGCAUGGCGGUGGAGGGGCUGCGCGUGCUGCGCAAGGCGGGCGGCCGCUCCGACUGGCCGCGCGCCGAGCCCGCGCCCGCCGAGCCCGCGCCCGCCGUGCGCGCGCUCGACGCGACGCCGCGGCCGCCCGGCGAGACCUACGCGCCCACAGACGUCGUGCACUUCUAGCUCGCCACGCCUGCCGCCAAACUUUAUGUUAUAGUUGGUGAUAUUGUUAAAAAAUAUAUUGUUUAUACUUUAUGUUGCUAACCAGCAAAAUAUAAUAAUAUUGUAAGGCAUAAUAUGUAGUAGCCAUAUUUAGUGGUAAUAUUUUACAUUAUUCAUAUAAUUAUAAUUAUGUUUAUCGGCAUUCCUACUGCAGUGGUGAAUUUUGCAAACAAUUUGCCGUCCUAGUACUAAGUAUAUCAUGUAGAAACUGAAUAGAGGGAUGUAGUCCCAUCUCGUCCCUAUUGUUAUAUAAUAAUACCUAUAAUUGAAAUGGAUUUCAAUUAUACGGAGACAGUAUCCCCGAUAACGGUUAGCGCGAUCUGAAAAAAAAACGGACCCCGUUGUCCCCUUUAUCUAUCCUAGUUAUGGGAUAUAUAUAACGUUGAACAACAUAACGUUGUGUUGUGUUGUGAAGAGAUCGAACGUCAAAUAUUUUACCAACAUAAUCAAAUAAAAUGUAAAAGGGGACGACGAGAUUAUUGUUUUAUAUUUUUCUUAAAUUUAAAUAAUUUAUUAAAAAAAUACUUUUUAAUAAAUUGUUUCAAAUCCCACUGUCCCCGUGAAUGAAAACAAACAACAACGGGAACAAUGGGAUCACUGUCCCCUUUAACGGGGUCGAUGAAUCUAUAUUUUUAGGGGCGUUGUAGUAGAUAAAAGAAACGCUAUAUUAGUUAAUACGUAUAAUGAACAAGUCAUUCCAAAAUAACAUCAAUGCAAUAAGUCUUAUUGAACUUGUUUUUAU